AUGAGCUCACCGGCUGACAACUCAUCAACCGCUGAGUCACACAAAGACGGUGGUGAGCAGAACACACCAAAUGAACACAAAAGCAAAAAUCAAGAUGAGGCAACAGACGAAACGACGCAAGACUCCCAGUCGCUGGAGCAGAGGUUCGCCGCAAUGGAAUCCAGAAUGAAAAUUGUUGACAAUGCCUUCAAUCUUGGCCAAGCCACAGACGUGUUCGUGAAGCAAGAAUUUGGUAAUGACAUUUCAUUGGAUUUAAUGUCACCGGAAGAGGUCAAACAGUUUCAUUCAGCUGAGCUUCAGUUCUACUGGGAUGCUAUGUUUUUCAUGACAAGGAUUAGGCGCUCGAAUGAACGGAUACUGGGGAUGGAGAAACUUAUCAAAUCAACACGGGAUGCAGAAGCAGCAACAAAGUCGAACAUCUUUGCGGAGCAGGUGUCAGAAACUUCGAAAACCAUUAGCAUGGAAGCCUUUCUGAACGGAGUUCGGGCUCAAGCUCUCCGAGUCGAUUGGGAAGUCUUCAUCGCUAGCAAAAAGGGCCUCGACGAAUCUAUACUUGCCCCUAUAGAGGUUGUUUCUUCUGAUCCGGAACCACAAGUCAUACUUCGACUCGAUCUCCCCCAUGCUGGGGGUUCUACUAUGGCAAAGUCUGCUAGUCAUCGUCCCACGGAAAAGACGAUCUGGGGGCAGGACCAAAACUCACAUGGCGAAAUAUCAUUACCUGAGAGGAUUAAGAUCCACUCAAAUCCACUGGUAGCCAUCUUCUGUAAGAUUAUGGAAGAGACCCAAUGGGGCUUGGCUAAGGAUCAAUCAAUGGUAUUUUUACGACCAUUCAAACAGUUGGUCUACUAUGAAGAGAAGCUAAGGGAGCACCUUUCAACACUGGAGAAACAGUUUGAAGGCUUUGAUGGAACGCAACGUAUGCCAGCGACACCAGAGGUGUACGACGGUGGCGAUCUGAUGAUUGGGAAAUCUGAGAAACCUCCCGAAUCUGACUUUGCCAAAGAUAUUCCUGUCAAGGGAGCUGAUGAGAUAGAACCACCAUCAAACGACAAUCAAUUCCAGAUACCACAGAACGGAGGUGCGAGUGGAGACGUUGAAGGUGAAGAGAAGCUUGGCUCUGUAACGGGGCUGCUUCACUUGCGGUGUUUAAUGGAUUUCUAUGACAAUACCAUUAAGUCAAAGCUCAAACAUGUGGACAGCCCCGACUGUACGAGCAUCUCUUUUAAUGAUCUUUGGCAUUUGUACAAGCCUGGGACCCGAGUUAUCGAUCAGAAGGAGAAACAAGCAUACAUCGUACUUCGCAUCCAGACACCACGUCACAUGGUGGAAGACCUUUGGCUUCGAUGGAACAAGAAACGGGCGAGUAAGGAAGACAGCAGUGACGAUGAUGAAGAAGAGGACGAAUUCCCAGUUCUUCUGCAUUGCGUGUACAUUGAUUUUGACGGGAAACAAUUUGGUCCCGUUUCAAAAACAUUCAAGAUACCGCAGUAUGGAGGACUCAAGGACAUUAGAUCAUUACCUGUCUAUCCUUUUCGUUAUGCAAAAACCAUCGAUCUUCAUGAUAAGCUUAAAAAACACGGGAAGAUGCUCCUUGACAUUUCAAGGUUCAAGCCUAUGUAUUACAUGGGCUAUACCUUGGAUACGCGGGACGAGAUCGACAGCCAGGUUGUGGUGGAUUUCAACGAGGCCCUAGCAGACGAGACAAGGAGGAAGAAGUGGGAACCCACCAUCGCACCUGUGAGCACUGCUCCCGAUGACAGGGAUGAAGAUUAUUGUGCAGCGCCUUGCUGCGAUGGCCAAGCCAUACACGAUGGCGAACACAUCGACAGCACGUUAACUGAAAACUUUGUUCGGAGCCUUGUCCCAACGACAUCUUUGCGGGCACCUUCCCUCUUGCUUUCUCCGAGGCCACUCGAAGAUAUCCCAAGGGAUGGACAGGGGCUCAGUGAUGACGAGCUGAUAGUUAUGACAUAUCGAGUAUUUGGAUUCGUGCUUCGCAGUCGCAAAUGGGCUCAACUCGAUCUUAACUUUUUACGUUACGAAGACGUUGACGCGCGAACUCUAUCUGUGAAAGCGUUUAACAGGCUUGAGUUGCCAGACGGCCAUCGUGAAAUGGUCAAGUCGCUUGUAGUGCAGCACUUUCGCUCGAAGCAGACGUCGGUUACGAAAGAUGAGCAGACUGAUUUAAUUAAGGGAAAAGGAAAAGGGCUUAUCCUGCUAUUACAUGGAGCGCCUGGGGUUGGAAAAACUACUACUGCGGAGGGUAUUGCCGAACUUUUCAAAAAGCCACUGUUUCAAAUCACCUGCGGUGAUCUUGGCUCCACAGCUCGUGAAGUGGAGGAGGAACUCGAGAGAAACUUUGCAUUGGCCAGUCGAUGGGGUUGUAUCUUGCUCUUGGACGAGGCUGAUGUCUUUCUUUCUGCUCGAGAUCGCAUGGACUUUGUUCGAAAUGGACUUGUCGCCGUGUUUCUUCGCGUACUGGAAUAUUAUACGGGCAUCCUGUUUUUAACUACGAACCGUAUUGGGGACUUUGAUGAAGCUUUUGCUUCUCGAGUUCACAUGAGUCUCUAUUAUCCUGAACUUGACGAGGAAAAGACAAUUCGAGUUUUUGAGCUCAACCUCGAACUCAUUCGAGAUCGAUUCAAGCAGCAGGGCCGCGACAUCGAAUACGACGACUCUUCAAUCGAAGACUUUGCACGAGAGCACUAUCUUCAGCACAAGUUUGGUCGAUGGAACGGUCGUCAGAUACGUAACCUCUGUCAGACAGCUUUGGCAUUGGCCGAAUAUGACGCGCAAGGAGAAGAGCUCGACGCUGAAAUCGAUAAGAGCGUUCCAGUGAAUCUGAAGCUGCGAUAUUUCAAGGUAGUGCAGAAGGCAUAUUUGAACUUUGCAGAGUAUCUAGGCGACAUACGCGGGACGAAGGGCGAUCGCAGGGCUAUCGAUUUUGGACUGCGGGCGAGGCAGGACACCCCGUAUCAAACUAGACCUAGUCGUUUUGCUCAAAAGGCGGAAGAGAUGUCAGCUCAAGACUGGAAGGGGAAUCCUCCUGGAUUAUCGUCAUCUGAUUCUUCACAAUAUCGUAUGCCUUCUCAGGGAGAUCCAUUCCAGCCUCUCAAUCAUGGUCAAAUGUUCGCUGGUCAGAAUACGAACAUGCCACCUCAACAAUACCAGCCUUAUCCACAACAGCAGCAGCAGCAGCAGCAUCCACAACACCACCACCAGCAGCCGGUGGCAACGGUGGAUGGUAUGGGCUAUAACCUGUCAUCUGGCUCGGCAUAUGUCGGACAAAGUCAUAACAAUCCUCGCAUGAUGCAGACCCAACAGCCUGAUGUUCAAUAUAUGCAGUAUCAGCAAGGAAGUCAUGGAGCUCCCCGAAAUAUGAACGUCAAUCUGCAAGGCUCUCCUGUUCCACAGAAUAACUUCCAGGGACAGCAACAAGAGCAAAGAUACAGCAAUGUUCCCCAGGGCCAGGGACUUACUUCACAAGUACAGGUUUCGUCGAUUAGCAUUGCGGACAACUCGUCUAGUUACAGCUAA